AAUGCUCAUACUCAUAGCUCUCCUACGGAUAAGAUGCGAUACAUUACGCUUUCCGAUGCUCGUUUGUUAUUUUAGGGAGUAAGUUAUUAUGAAUUAAGUAAUAGUUAUUUCAACACACUUUGAAACAAUUAUCAUAUUUAUGAAGGGCAAACGAACAUCAACCUGCAAAUAUGAUUGAGAAUAUAUUACAUACUUUAACUCCUUCCAAGAACUCGCAGUAUUGUCUGGUAUGCAUGCUGCAUGGGUAAAAUCACGGAUUUCAACCAUGGGUAAAAUGUUGGUACUGCACAUUAUUAUUUCUCCACAAAUCGUCAAAGUUUAUUAGGCGUGAUUUAAAACUUGAUAUUCCGUCGUUCUUUAGAAAAAUUUAAGACUUUUACAAGUGUUUUGUUGGUUCCCUGCCAAAUGAGUAAAUGACCAUUUCUGCCAGUCUUCACGAAACCGCCGACGAGUGAAGUUUAGCAUAAUCGUUCAAAGAUGUCUAAACAGAGAGAGGCGCUAUGGUGUGCUUUAGAAGAGCGUUCAUGGAAGGGAAAGACAUUGGCAAGCGUGACAACUCCCGCCUUUGUCAUCCACAAAGACGUAGUACAAAGGAACUGUACAAGAAUGUUACAGACGUGCCUUAGUCUGGGUGUGAAACUCAGAGCCCAAACCAAGACCCACAAAACCAUCGAAGGCAUAGAUUUGCAGACGGGAGGAAGCCGUAGAUGUCUAGUGAGCUCUACCCUUGACGAGUGCGAAUUCUUGGCAGACCAUGGAUGUGAUGACGUGCUCUUUGGCCAUCCGCUGGUGGCUCAUCACCUUCACAGAGUGACGCGUCUCACCAAAGCACUUGAAGAAUUCCAUGUGAUGGUAGAUAGUGAGGAAGCUGUUCAAGUGUUGACCGACGCGGCUCCUCCAGCAGGCAAACAAUGGUCUGUUUUUCUCAAGUUGGAUUGUGGCAAGAAAAGAGCGGGUGUCUGGCAUCAGGACAUAGAACUAGGCUGUACAAUAGUGAAGAGCUUAACGAGCAGCAAUAAUAUAAUAUUCCGGGGCGUAUACACGCACUGUGGAGACACCUAUGCGGCCGCCAACAUGCAGCAACUGGAGGAAAUUCGUGACGCUAAUGUCUCUCGGCUGCUGGUGUUCGUGAAGGCCCUGGAGGCGAGGUUGGGGGUGGUGUGCCAAACCGUGGGGGUAGGGAGCACCCCCUCGUGUUCCAACCCCUCACCCCUCAUGGCUCAGCUGACCGAGCUGCACCCUGGCAACUACGUCUUCUACGAUGUACAGCAGCAGCUACUGGGCAGCUGUGCACAGGAUGAUAUCGCCGGAGCUGUGGCGACCAGAGUAAUCGGCCACUACCCGCACAGGAACCAAAUGCUGAUCGAUUGCGGCUUUUCUGGCCUCACCAAGCAGGGCGAGGGCAAGAUGCCUGCCGCGGGCUACGGGGUCAUCAAGGGGCAUCCCAACCUCAGGCUACGCUCGCUUGACCAGGAGCACGGGACGGUGGAGCCAACAGGCGACGAGGAGCUGGACUACUCCAAGUAUCCAGUCGGCUCUAUGCUCUUCAUCCUCCCAUACCACUCGUGCGCAACCGCAGCACAGUACGGCGUGUACCUCGUCGUGGAGGACGGGGUGGUGAUGGAGGAGUGGCGGCCCACCAGGGGCUGGUGAGACGUACAGGCGGGGCGUCGCUAACACAGAACCUAAUAAUAAAUUUGU